AUGGAACGCGAACAAACAUCUCAUAUUGACGUACUUAUUGUGGGUGCAGGGCUAGGAGGGCUAUACGCUGCUAUUGAAUGUUACAGGCAAGGCCAUUCCCCACUGAUAGUCGAAAGCAAAAGCGAGAUAGACCAGUUAGGAGAUUUCGUUGGCAUUGGACCAUCCGUGACAAAGCAAUUUCAGAAAUGGCCGGGCAUGGCAAAGACAUAUAGUAGCAUUAUCUAUCGACCAGCUAUGACCUUAUUUACUUAUGAUGGCAUAUUUGUAGGGGGGCCUUUUGAGCUUUCGGAGGAGUCUCACUACAGACCUGUUCCUGUGAGCCGUCCAAAGCUGAUCAGGGCUUUGUAUGACUAUGCCACCUCGCUAGGUAUACCUAUUAAGUUAGGAAAGCGUGUAGUCGACUACGUGGAGUCUGAUGUAAAGAAUCGUGCAUACGCUAUGACCGAUAGUGGAGAACGAUUUGAAGCUGAUAUCAUCGUGGCCGCUGACGGAAUCGGAUCCAAGGCUUGGAAAGUUACGAUUGGAAAUGAAGUUAAAGCUAUCAGCAGUGGCUGGUCGGUCUACAGAGUCACUUAUCCCACUACAAUUCUGCACAAAGAUCCCUUCCUUGCCCAACAGUAUCCCCUCAAGGAUGGUGAUUGUGAUUAUUGUCAAGUAUACAUUAGCCCUAAAGGCCAGAUGAUUAUUUUGGUUUCUCCCGAGCUUACAACAUGGCUGUUUACUCAUGAGGAUAAGGGGCAAGCUGAAGAGACUUGGUCUACUCGCCUGAACGCUUCAGAUGCGCUAAAGUCUCUAGAGCAGACAGGCCUUGAGUGGAACGAGAAAGUAUUAGCGGUGGUAAAGCAGACGCCACCAAACACUGUUAUUGAUUAUAAGAUCACUUGGAGAGACCCAGACCCAAUUUGGACUUCUCCAGGUGGGCGCAUUGUCAAAAUAGGGGACGCUGCGCACUCGUUCAUACCAAAUUCUUCUAAUGGUGCUACUCAAGCGAUGGAGGAUGGACUAUCGCUGGCUGCAUCCCUUCGGCUUGCUGGCAAGAGCAAUAUAGCCCUUGCGACAAGGAUGCAUACCAAGCUACGGUUCGAGCGUACUUCCUGUGCUCAAAAGAAUGGUUUUAAAAAUAGAGAGAAGUGGGAAAGAGACUUUGAAGAUGUGAAGAAGAACCCAUAUGCUGCUGCCCAGUCGAUUGGUCGCUGGCUGAGUGACCAUGAUCCCGAACAGUACGUCUAUGACAAUUGGCAAGCAUGCUUGAAUCACAUUACUAGCGGAGCACCUUUCAAAAACACCAAUCUUCCACCAGGAUAUAGCUAUGAGCCAUGGACGAUGGAGGGGCUAAUGAAGAUGUCACAGAACGGUCAGCUGGCGGCUGACCCAGGCGAGUGGGAUUGA